UGUUUACAAUACUUUUCUAUCUAGGAAUAAAAAUGCAAUUAGAACAAUAUCAGUCCAUCUGAUGAGAGGAUGGACCAGGAAAGUAAGAAGUUUUCGAAGUACAGGCUGUGGUGUACGAAGCCAUCAGAAGCAACUAAACAUGACCUUUCUAAUGAAAGUGACAAUGUAAAUGACGAGUCAUCAAAUCCACCUGUCCUGUCACGGUCUCUGUCAUGUAACUCAAAUGAAGUGGAAGAAGAGAGCCAAACUAAAUUUCUUUCACUGUUUGGUUUGGUCACUCUUGAAACAGGAGAAAAAAUCAAAAAGAAGUCAUUGGAACGUAAAAAACGUUCAUGUUCAUCACCUCAUUUGCUUUCUUUGAUAUUACAAGCUGAAAAGCAGGACUUAGAUGGAAAUGAUCCACCGGCAGUUAAAACUCGUAAAAAGAAAAGCGAUGAAACUAAAAAGAAAAAAGAGAAAUUAAAGCCAGUGACAGCACCUACUUCAACACCUCAAGCUGUUUCUUUGUCAGAGCAAAAAAUCGUCACUAUUCAAUCGACUGGUUUUGAGGAUGGUAUUGAAGAUUAUCAUGAAGAAUUAUGCCACAAGUGUAGUAAUGUUGGAGAAUUAUUACUGUGUGAUACAUGUCCGUUAGUGUUUCACUUGGAAUGUGCACAGAUGACAGAAAUACCUUCUGGAAAAUGGUUCUGUAAAAAAUGCGAGGAAAAAAUUCACGAUUUGCAAUUUCCGGAAUUUUCGUCGGAGACCAUUCAACAGCAAUUUGAAGACUUUCAACGUCAGAGAAGCGUUCAAUUAAAAGAAGCUUUUAUAUUGAGAAGUGAAAAAGCAGAUUUACUUCGGAAGAUAAAUGAAAUGAACGCUCUUUUAAAGAGUAAGAAUGAGCUUGAAAAAACAUAUUUGACUAAGAUAGAGAGCAAACAGCUACUAUUGAACAGCAUAGAUGUAUUUAUGGCUGAUAUUGUGUAAAUUAUUUUUUUAUAAAGAUAACGAUAAAACAAAACUUCGAA